AUGAACAGUAACUUCUGUCGAGCUCUGGUGGACCACGGGUCCCCGGGGGGCAUGCAGCUGGGUGUCGUGGCCCCUGCAGGACAGACACCGCUGGCAGCCACCGAAUCCUUGAGCAACGUGCCCUUUCUGCUGUACCCGGGCCACUCCGAGGCGCCUUACUAUGAAGCCUACACUGGGGUGUUCCCCUAUGUGCCCUUCCCGGGCGCCUUCGGGGUUUACGACUACCCGUUCGAGCCCGCCUUCAUCCAGAAGCGCAACGAGCGCGAGCGGCAGCGGGUCAAGUGUGUGAACGAGGGCUACGCGCGCCUCCGCGGCCACCUCCCUGGCGCCCUGGCUGAGAAGCGGCUCAGCAAGGUGGAGACACUGCGCGCCGCCAUCCGCUACAUCAAGUACCUGCAGGAGCUGCUGAGUGCCGCCCCCGACGGCGCGCCACCCACCGCCACCUCCCCGACGCCCGCCCACGUGGGCCACGGUACCGCACCGCAGCCACCCUCCCUGGUGGCCGAGUCCAAUGGGUCCUCCUUUUCCUCUUCGCCUUUUUUGGAGUCGGAGGAACCCAGUCUUUGA